AGAAUUUUAGAUGCUUUCGAAGCGAUUUGCAGUGUUGUUGCGUGUAUCUCGAAGUGAACGCGGAUUCCCAUUGAUUUAUAAGCACGCUAACGAAAAAUUACUAGCGCCAGUCAACCAGCACCAGUAGUUGCGAAUCGUAGGCAAAUCGUAGACACUUAACGGGAAUCCUUUCGAGCGAAAUUUUGUGUGUGUCGAAGAAGGUGAAAUUCAGUACGGUUCGCAAGUGAUUUUGAGCAGAAUUUCGAAAAUGUUGCGCGCUUCGUUGUUGUUAAUUUUGUUGGUCUGCCUCAAUGGCUGGUGUUCGGCACAAAUUACGCUGAACGCUGAGUUACCGGAAUUGCCCGAUUUCAAGCCGGUCUCAGAAUUACCCGCUGACAUACCGACAUGCGAGCAGGGUGACAUCAAUAUCAAUGAAUGCAUCAAACGUGCCUUCCAACAAGUCGCGCCACGCCUUAAAGAUGGCAUCAAGGAGUUGAAUAUACCACCCAUGGAUCCAUUCAUUAUGGAGCGUAACAACUUUGAAGUGCGCAGCGGUUUCGCACAGGGACGUGUGCAGGUACGCAAUGUACGCAUCUUCGGCCUAAGUGAGAGCACCGUACAGAAGGUAGACUACCGUAAGGAUGGCGAUAAGGUGAGCAUGGGUAUGGUAACACAGCUGCCACGGCUCUACAUUGAGGGCAACUACAAAGCGGAUAUGACAAUAAAUGAGUUGAAAAUGACACCGAAGGGUUACUUCAAUGUCACGAUGAGCGAUAUUACCUUGGACUCUGAUUCGGAGGGCGAACUUUACGAGCGCGAUGGCCACACAUACCUGCGUUUGACGAAAUUCAAUUUUGAACCGGAAAUCGGUGAUAUGCAGAUUUAUGCUAGCAAUCUGGUGCCCGAUCCGGCAUUAAAUGCCGUUAUUUUGGACUUUGUGAAUCAAUACUGGCGCCAAGUCUACAAAUCGUUGUUGCCACAAACACGCAGCACUUGGGAGCCAAUGUUCUUGCGCGUUAUGAAUUCAUUCUUUGGCGCAAUACCAUUCGAUUUAUUCAUUAAAAAGAACUAAAUGUUGUUAUUGAAAUACUCAGGGAAAUAUUAUUAUACAUUUAUGAUGUAAAUUUUUUUGUAAAUAAAAUUAUAUAAAUAGUAUUAAGUUUAUAAAAUACAAAAUUUAUAAAUGUUUAUAUGAGCACUUCAUUGUGAAGUGUUGCUUAUUUAUAUGCCCACACACAAAUAAAGUGUAUUAAAAUAUUCUUGAAAAUAAGAAAAAUUAA